AUGGUUGAAUCAGUAAGCAUUACUGCAAAUGAGGAUAUUCUUGUAGAUGAUGAUGGCAAACCUAAAAGAACCGGGACAGUUUGGACUGCAACUGCACAUAUAAUAACAGCAGUAAUUGGUGCUGGAGUUUUGUCAUUACCAUGGGCCAUGGCUCAAUUAGGAUGGAUAAUUGGCAUAUUAUCUUUCUUAAUUUGUUCUUCUGUUAUUCUCUAUACCUCCAAUCUUUUAACUGAUUGUUAUAGAUCACCAGACUCAGUUACUGGACAAAGAAAUUCCACUUAUAUGGAGGCUGUAAAAGCUAACUUAGGUGGUAGAAUGCACUUGAUAUGUGGAAUAGUCCAAUAUACCAACCUUACAGGAGCUGCUAUUGGAUACACAAUAACUACAUCCAUAAGUAUAGUGGCAAUACGAAAGAUCAAUUGCUUCCAUAAAAAAGGAGUUGCAUCCGAUGAAUGUCGUUUUUCAAAUAAUCCAUACAUGAUUGGUUUAGGAAUUGUUGAAAUCUUUUUGUCCCAAAUUCCACAUUUCCACAAGAUAUCUUGGCUCUCAAUCAUAGCAUCAAUCAUGUCUUUUGGAUAUGCAUUUAUUGGCAUAGGACUUUCAUUUGCUACAAUAAUACAAGGAAAAGGAAGAAGCACUUAUUUAAUUGCAAGCAAGGGAGAAUUUACCUCAGACAAAAUUUGGAAUAUGCUCGUUGCAUUGGGAAAUAUUACCGUUGCAAGUAGCUAUAGUCAAAUUGCAAUAGAUAUCCAGGACUCGUUGAAAUCAUCGCGAGCAGAAAAUGCAGUAAUGAAGAUGGCAAAUAAGAUGGCUAUAGUUACAAUGACAGUUAUAUUUCUGUUAUGUGCGUGCUCUGGUUAUGCUGCAUUUGGCUCAGACACUCCUGGCAGCAUCCUCAUGAGCUCUGGCUUCAAGGAGCCAUUUUGGCUUAUUAACAUAGCAAAUGUCUUCAUUGUCAUACACCUUCUUGGAGCAUACCAGGUACUUUGCCAACCAAUCUAUGGUGUUGUUGAAACAUUAGCUAAGCAACAAUGGCCAAACUCAACUUUUAUAAUGGAAGAAUUCUCAGUGAGCAUUGGAAAAGUAAAGUUGAAUAUUAAUUUGUUUAGGCUGGUUUGGAGAACAGUAUUUGUUGUGGUAGUGACUAUUCUAGCCAUGGCAAUGCCUUUCUUUAAUGAAAUUCUAGCACUUCUAGGGGCAACUGCAUAUUGGCCUUUGGGAAUCUAUUUUCCAGUGGAGAUGUUCAUUGCCAAACAGAAAUUGAAAAAACGAACAUUUCAAUGGAUUGGACUUCAAACCUUGAAUGCUAUAUUUAUGCUACUGGCAAUAGCUGUAGCAUGUGCAGCCAUUCAUGGUUUGAAUGAAUCUCUCAGGAAAUACAAGCCAUUUAUGUAUAAAGGAUAG